AAUGCUGCUGUGCUACUUCAUAUUUGUUCGGGAGGAAAGAAGCUACUUGGAGUGCUACUACUGCAACUUCUACGAGUACGAGUAACUCGUACGUACUAGUGGUACCACAUGCAUGACCCAUCAAUCAGUCCGUCAGUCGUCCGAUUGUGUUGGCAUCAUCCCUUAUUCGAACUCGACAAUCCUUUCGAGACGGACCCCGUUUCUGUUCCAAUUUCAUACUACCUGUGGGAGACAGCGUGAGCCCGCAUGCCAAUGCUCAUGGCACGGGACCAACCGUCACCAAGAUGAUCCAAUCCAGGAAGCGAAGAGCCUUUUACAAACUGCACGAUGGAUCGGAUCGGCGGGCCAAGACGACCGACGCCGACCAAGAAUGCCCCGUCGCAACGGCAAGCAGCCCGCGGCAGCAGCCGGUGCCACCCGCCAAAAGCAGCAGCAGCAACGGCAUCAGUAAUGGCAACAUCAUCAUCAGCAACAACAACAAUAACAACGGCGGGGAUUCCAUGCUUCCACMGUCGGUGCGCUCCAGGUCGGAGCGAUCCAGAUCCAAGGGGAAGCAGCACCAAACGGAGCAACAGAAGCACAAGUAUUUCUGCCACCAGUGCAACGUUGGCUUCCAGAGACAAAAGAACCUGAGGGAACACCUCGAGGGCCGCAAGCACAAAAAAGUCGUAUCGGAGUGGGAACAGGCCGCGGCCGACUUUGCCGCCCAGGUCCCCACGUGGGGGCAAACCGUUCAGCCGACGCUGCAAUCGCAAACCGCAAUAGACCAAAACCACAAAGCGGACAGCAGCAGCAACACCAACACCGAACCAGGCGACAACACCAUCGGCAAGGAGGACACCGACAGCUGCACUCCUUGCUCCCAGACGGGAGGCGACGAAGGCAUCGACGUUCGGUCGUCCUGGAGGAAGGACGAGUUCCGGGACUUUCCCCACCGGUCCUCCUGCAUCGACCACUCGCUGCUCAUCUCGACGCUGGGCCCGCGGUUUCGGGCCCGCUUCUGGAGGUACCUCCGGGACGUCUUUGGGAAGCACUAUCCCGAGUUUCCGGCCAUCUUUCACUUUGCAUCGGUGCACCACCCGCAGUACAUGCGCGUCAAGGAACUCUUCGAGAACCUGGAGGCCUUUCGCAUCGUCAGCCGGAUCGUGCUCCUGUCCGAGCAAUCGAGAAAGCACAAAGAGCAGGCAGGGGAAGGGACAACACCAGCAAGCACCAAAGGCGCAACUACCGGUUCGGGGGGCAGCAAGCCCCCCGGCACCGGCAGCCAACCCACCAUCGACGUCAUCUACGACCUUGCCUGCGGCCACGGCCUGCUCGGAAUAUUGCUGGCCUAUCGGUUUCCCACCAAAAAGGUCGUCUGCGUCGAUCUGGAGGAACGCAAGAGCUUCUACGCCUUUCGGGACGCCUUUGUGGCCAGGGGGGAGAAGGCCCACGAGGCCGGAGGGGCCGGCGGGCCCCCCGUCGUCCUGUCCAACCUCGAGUACCGGACCGCCGACCUCCGGUCCGUCGGGCCCGGGCUGACCCCCUCGAGCUGCCUCGUGGCCGUCCACGCCUGCAACGAGGCCAACAAGCACGUGGUGGACCUGGCSCGGGCGGCGGGGGCGACCUGGGCCGUCAUGCCCUGCUGCAUCCGGUCCUCCCUCUACCUGAACGGGGUCCCGGUAGCGGGCAACAUCGACAGCCAGGUCCGGUACCWGCUCCUGUGCGGGGCCUUUGCGCAGGCCCACGGCGCCUGCCUGGUCCGUUCGGUGCCGAGGGACACGACCGCGAGGCCCAUUCUCAUCGCCGGGGGCUUUGUGCACGGCGGCGGCAACGGCAACGGCAACGGCGGGAGUGGUGGUGGCAGCCCCGCGGAGGACCACCACGACGGGGACAAGGACGAUCCUUCCCACCACCACCACGAGGCAUGACAAGACUCUCCGUUSGCAAGAACGCGACGAAGGGGCGGCAAAGUUAGAAAUACCGUGCCUCCAGACCGCUGAUUUCGCGAGCGAUUCAACUACAUUGAUCUGAUAGGUGCGAGUGCAAUCGGUGACAGUUGCAAGAAAACACAAGACUCACG